ACUUGGUGUGUGAAUUGGGAUGCAGUCCGAAUAGAAAAGGAGCUUCCUGUUUCCAGGGACGUCUGCUGGAGGAGUGCUGCUGCUACAACAACAGGCGAGUGUCGUCGCUCCUGCCGUAUGUGUGAUCGAGAACAAGCGACAGAGCCAUGGAGCAAUGUGCGUGUGUGGAGCGCGAGCUGGAGAAGGUGCUGCACAGGUUCGUGACGUACGGACACCAGUCAGAGGAACGUCUCGACGAGCUGCUGAGGAACGUCUGCGAGCUGCGCAGCCAGCUGGUCACCUUCGGUGUACAGGAUACAGAUCUAUCAGUGCUUUCUCAGACCAUGGCGCAGUGCUGUAAGGAGAUCAAGGAGACGGUGCAGAUGCUCGCGUCUCGACACAAGGACAUCCACGGCAGCGUGUCCAAAGUGGGCAAAGCCAUCGACAGAAACUUCGACGCGGAGGUGAGCGCCGUAGUAGCCGAGACGGUGUGGGACUCGUCUGAGAAGCAGAGGAACCUGAGCGAGACCAUCGUGGAGCACCUGUACCGACAGGGCAUGCUGAGCGUCGCAGAAGACCUCUGUCAGGAGUCGGGCGUGGUCAUCGACAUGAGCAUGAAGCAGCCGUUUCUGGAGCUCAAUCGCAUUCUAGAGGCUUUACGGAUGCAGGACCUCCGACCGGCGCUAGAAUGGGCUGUGACGAACAGACAGAGGCUUCUGGAUCUGAACAGCAGUCUGGAGUUCAAGCUGCACCGGCUCUACUUCAUCAGCCUGCUGAACGGAGGUGUGGAGAACCAGCUGGAGGCUCUGCACUACGCUCGCCACUUCCAACCGUUCGCCGCCCAGCAUCAGAGAGAUAUCCAGGUGUUAAUGGGCAGCCUGGUUUACCUGCGGAACGGCAUCGAGAACUCUCCGUACCGCGGUCUGCUCGAGACCAACCAGUGGGCCGAGAUCUGCAACAUCUUCACCCGGGACGCCUGCGCCCUGCUCGGCCUGUCCGUAGAGUCUCCGCUCAGCGUCAGUUUUGCAUCAGGUUGCAUGGCCCUGCCUGUGUUGAUGAACAUUAAGCAGGUCAUCGAGCAGCGGCAGUGUAGCGGCGUCUGGACGCACAAGGACGAGCUGCCUAUCGAGAUAGACCUAGGAAAGAAGUGCUGGUAUCACUCGGUGUUUGCGUGUCCCAUCCUGAGGCAGCAGACGUCGGAGAGUAACCCACCCAUGAAGCUCAUCUGCGGUCACGUCAUCUCCAAAGACGCCCUUAACAAACUCACCAACGCUGGGAAGCUGAAGUGUCCGUACUGUCCGAUGGAGCAGAACCCUUUGGACGCUAAACAGAUUUAUUUCUGACGUCCCGGAGCGGAGCAGAUGAACGCGGCGAAGGCUCCUCGGAGUGGCUGAGUCGGAAUGAUCCACGUUCACGGCCUUCAGCGGCGGCUCGAACCGUGGAGCCGCCACAACCCCUCCCUGCCCUUCCCGAGUUUUUUAGUUGGUAAAGGCCGCGGUGGUCAUGACAACACACACCUGUAGAUCUGAGUCAGUUACGUGUACGUCACGAGGACCGAGCUCCACGGAUCAUUAGCUCAUAUAUGAUGCACUCAUUUAUGACUCACAGGCUUUUAUAAGUAUGCGUGGUUUUGUUUUUUAUUUUUCCCCUCUCUCUCUCUCUCUCUCUCUCUCUCUCUCUCUCUCUCUCUCGCCAUUAACGUUUUAAUUUUACUUUUCAGUAUGGUUUAAGAGAGCGAGGUGUAUGCUUGUGAACUGGUGUGACCUUCUUACAUCGUAUGUUUUCACGGUUUCUUAUUUACGAGAUAUUUAAACGACUAUAUUCUAGAGGCUUUCAGACAGAGGCUUUUCAGCAAGUGUAUUUACAGAGACGUAUUCAGCGAGGCCAGGAUAUGUGUUUUGGUUCACCAGGGCUUGUUGGCGAAGAGAAGACGGAUCGCGGCGCUCUCCGGGAUGGUUUAACGGUAAAAAAAUAAAUAAAUCUGAUUUAGACUGAGGGAUUUCUGGUUGAAAUAUCAGUGCGAUGAAGGAACCGUCGGAGACGCGAAGCGAGCAGGUCGAUCUGAUGUUAACCGAUUCCUCAGAGUAAUAGAUGUGUCUUGCUUUGUGUAUAUAUUUAAGAAAAUAUUUAAAAGGGAAAAAAAAGUUACUACUGUGAACUAUGACAGUUGUUUGGGUUUUUUUUUUUUGUUUGUUUGUUUGUGUCCCGUCCCGUUCCUCCCCCCCCCCCCCCCCCCCCCAUCCAUCCCUCACUGCCAUGUUAUAAAGUAACUCGGUGUAACACGGAUCCCAUCAUCCAGCUAUGGAAAGAGACUAGCUCGUACAGCCGUAAAGAGACGACCGUUGGACGAGUUGGUCUGCUCAUUUCUUUUUCUUUUUUUUUUUCUUCCCUUUUUUAAAUGCAGGGAAAAAUGUCAAUGUUCGCCCUCAGGGUAAUCAACAUAAUGAAAUUGCUUCCUGCUUUUGAACUGGGAUUACUUGCGUGCGUGUGCGCCAACCUUAAAGGAGCAAUUCCGCAGAAAUGACUCGUACACCACGUUCCCUUUACCGCAGAUGUCAUCGAUCAGCCAGGACGUGUUCUUACUAGAGCUCACGCGAUACCACUUCCUGUCCCGAUAUCAGUCCCGAUACUUGAACAUUUGAGUAUCGGGUGAUUAUCUGGAUUCAUCCGACGUGUGAUGUAUGAGAGAGAGAGAUAGAUGUCAUUUUUGAAAUUUUAUUUAAAAACUAAGCUUUAAAAUUUAUUAGCUGAAUACAUGGCUGAAGUCAUGACUUGCACCAAACCGCAGCUUUCACACACAACUUGCGUUAUAAAUAUAUUGGAGUAUAAUAUAAUAAAAAAACAAAACAUAACGGAAUAUGUAAUUUGGUCUCUUUUAUAUGUGAACACUUCCAGUUCCACAAAAAAAACCUGUUCAAAUUCAUUCUCUUUCACUCUAUUACCCCCCUUCCCCGUCUUUUUUUGGGUGGGGUCUGGGUUCAGCCUGGAACUGAUCCUGGUUAUCGGAUCUCUCUCUCUCGCUCAUUUUCUCCCCUUUCUCUUUGUUUUUCUCGUUCUUCAUUUUCUCCCCUUCUUUCUUUUCCUCCUUCUCCAUCUCCCACUCUGACAUCAUCUUGUGGGCUCAACCACACUUAAAAUGAGAGACUAGCUCGUAAAGCCGCCGUAGCCCCCCCCCCCCGUUGAUUUUUCCCCAGAUUAUUAACUUUUUUUUUUUUUUUUUUUUCUUUUUUUCCCCCUCUAGACGGAACGUUCAGAAGAGUGUCUGCUCCCGUAUGAAACACUGUAGAUGUUUUCUAGAUCAGUAAAUCUUCCAGUUUGAUCUCUGGCACGAGAGACUGACUUGCUCCGCCUUUACUGAUCGCUUCAUCAGUCUACACAAGUCUAGUACAUCGAACACCAGACAUGUUCCGUUUGAUCGAUAACAUCUGGGGGGAAAGUGUGUACGUUUCAGACUAUUAAGAACCAGCGGCGCUGAACCUGAUGGGUGAAUUUAGGGAUUUAAAAAGUGUCCAGCGUUAAACUCCCUAACACGUGAGGCGAACAAACGUUCGGUCAUCUCCCGCACGUCCUUCAGUUUAUUUUGCUUCAGUAGACAAUCAGAUUCAGAAUGGGACAGUCCUGAUUACGGCAGAGAACAGUCACGCCAGGUAGAAUCGGCCGCAGAGCUGCUCAGUGUUGCAGUGUUUUACCCUGCUGGAUUAAAUGAAGCAUCUGCCUCCCGAAACUGUUCAUGAGCUGAAUCAGGUGUGUGUUCUCGAUGGAGAAACUGCUCAGGAUCUCAUGUUGAACCAGUGAUUUCAAAAUGUUCUUGUGAACUUAACCACACUGAAGUGUCGUACACAAAACGCAUCAAUAAAAACCCUGGGGUUUACACCGUUUUGUGCUUCUCCAAUACUCUCUCUAUAAUACAUUAUCGGUGUGUGUGUGUGUGUGUGUGUGUGUGUGUGUGUGUGUGUGUGUGUGUGUGUGUGUGUAAGGACGGCUGUGGGGUUAUUCCACACUCCCACCGUGUUGGUCACGUCGUAGGGGUACACGUAGAGCGUGAAUCUCGUAUUGUGCCACGUGCUGUGCGUUUUAUUUCAUUUCUGGCCACAGCACAUACCCUAUACACACCAGAUGUCAAAUAUAUACGGCCUGUGGGUUCAUAUUUUCUUUCUUCUCCUCCCUCCCACCUUCCUGUUUCUCUUCCUCUUCCUCCUCCUUCCUCUCUAGACUUCAAAUGCUCUCAGCUGCCUCCUCUUAAUAAAUAUCUCUGCAUUUAUUCUUUUACAGUAAUAAUGCAUGAAAAGUUGGUCGUACUCCCCCAGCACGAUUUUUCCACGAAAUCACCGAAUCGGUGUAGAAACCAUUCUCUAAAUUACAAUUGGCUGGCUAACUUAUAUCAACCCCAACUUUAAUUUAAACCUAGCCAGUGGUUCCCUUAUAAUGCUCAUCACGAUUUCGUCCACUGAGGAGAAGUUAGCAUCUGAUGAAACCACUCAUAUCAUGCAGCAAGACCUCUCUCUCUCUCUCUCCUCUCUCUCCUCCCCUUUCCGAAGAACAUUCUGGUUUGAAACACACCACCAAGGCAUCAGGGAGUCCCAGGCUUCGAGCUUCAUUUUGGUUUAGCAAUAUAACAGAUCUGCAUUUCCUGCUAACUUCUGUUGUAAAUAUCUUUCUUCUAUCAUCAAAGUAUGUUUAUUAAACCUGCAUCUAAGAUAAAAGCAGAAUAAAAAACGUUUAUACAAA